AUGCGCAGCUCUCAGGCUCCACGGCACAAAUCCAUCAGGGCCCGCUGGGCAGGGACAUUGAUUCGCGAGAAGCUAGCCGCUGAACUCAACGUUCUUCAAGAGAGAAAUGACCAGUCGCCGCUUGGUUUUCAAGGCUCGAAGCCAUACACUCACGACACGCUGCCUCGCAACCCUGAAUGCGAAGGCGGCAAAAGAACAGCCCCCGGUAGCGACGAGGGCGAGCAACCUCCACGCAAGGUCUCUACAUUUGCGAUGAUGUUGGACACUCUGGAGAUCCCCAAUCUCACUUGCGACAUCCUCGAGGCCAGUUUCAUGGUUGGCGGUCGCGUCUACACUCAUCGCUCCAGUGACCAGCGACAUGACUAUUACGAUGUUGGUGCUCUGCGGUGUCCUCUCAUUGCCAUCAUGGACCGCACAUUCAAACUCUUUGAGCGUCUCAAUGUGCCAACCGUUCCUUACAUCUUGGGGAACCCAAAAGCUCCCAAGCUAUUCAACGACCGCCUUUUCUCUGAAGAAUUCGACCCCUACCACGUCAGCAUCAAGAACGGCGGGUCUGUAGGCGAGGACGGAACGGUGCAUCUGCAAGUCCUGCUCGGUAAGCUCCGAAAGAAACACCAGUACAGGGCCUGA